AUGACGAAUGGGGCGAGGGGGGCGGGGGACUGGGCAAAGUGCUGCCUGGUGAUCUUCGCCAUCGCAUCGGCCCUCUUCGUCUCUGGACCUGCCUUCUACUGGAAAUUCAAGAACGGAUUUGGGGCGAAACCGCCCUCUCCUUCUUCAUAUUCUUCCUCUUCCUCCUCCUCCUGCCCGACCUGCGUCUGCGACUGCCCCUCCAGUCUCUCUCUCCAGAAGAUCGCCCCCGGUGAGCAACCCCCCUCUAUCUCUCCCUCUCUCCCCCUCCGUCUCUCUCUCUCUCUCUCUCUCUCUCUCUCUCUCUCUCUCUGAUGCUCGUAACCCAGUGGAUUGCGCAUCUGCUGCGUGUUCAUGAGGAGAAUUGGAGAGACCCAUCUGAGUUACAGUGGGGGAGUUGAACUGGUUUUCCUGUGAAGCUUCUGAGAGCGCUGGAUUGAAUAGAUCUCCAUCUCAAACGCCUCAAGCGUUGACCUUCCUUGCUCCUGGCACAGGGGAAGGAGAAGGGGGGUAGAUCUCUGAGUAGCCCACUCACCCAGCUGCUCCUCGUUCGUCCCAAUUUCCUCUGAGAUCCAGAGAGAUUCACAUUUGGCUUCGAGCUCUGAAACAUCACCCUUUUCCCUAGUUUUCUUGGCCCAUUGAGACUUUUCUUUUCCCCUCCUGUGAUUACAACCAAAUCUAGGUUAGGAUUGUGACCGUUGACCAAAAAACAGGGAUUUGCCUCAACCCGGAGAGAUUCGAUGCUCUAUCCAUCUCCAUGUAAAUUUGGAAGUAGGGUCGAUUUGGAAAGAUGGUAUCUUGGAUUGGGGCACGACUCAAACAGCGUGAUCUAUGAUUUCCUUGUAAAGUCAAUCUUCUAGCCAUGAGGGUCUUCCAUUUUGACUUUCUAGCGUCGAUCAAAGCCUCGGGUUGGUCAAAUCUGCCCGAAAAGGAGUGGUUUCUUUAAUUCUUCUUAAUCAAUGCCCAAUUGGGCUAAAUCCUAUAUUGCUGAUCGUUCUCCUUCUUUUCCUGUGUUGACAUUGCAGGACUAGUCAACCUCUCGAUUCCAGGUUAGGCCUCGUCAACCCCCUUUGUUCUUCCGCCGCCAUUGUGGAAAACGCUGACCUUGGCUUGACUUUCUGAACGAACGGCCAAUUGGCAGACUGCGGGAGGGACGACCCGGAGCUCGGAAGGGAGAUGGAGAAGCGGACGGGGGAGCUUCUGAAGGAGGAGCUGAAGCUUCAGGCGGUGGUGGAUGAGGAGAACCGCCACCACAUGAACUUCACCAUCUCAGAGGCUCGAAGGCAGAGCUCUCAGUAUCAGAGGGAGGCUGAUAAGUGCAACGCCGCCACAGAGGCCUGCGAGGAGGCCAGAGAGCGCGCUGAGCAGGCCCUCAAGCUCGAGAAGAAGGCCACCGCCGCCUGGGAGCUCCGCGCCCGGCAGCUCGGCUGGCCGGCCACCGCCUAG